AUGGGUUCUCUUAGAGGAGACAUGGAAGAGCCUAUCCAUCAGUCACUACCUAGAGGAAACUCUCUCUACAGCUUAAAGCUCCAUGAGGUUCAAACCCACUUGGGAAGUUCCUCAAAACCGUUGGGAAGCAUGAACCUCGAUGAGCUUCUCAAGAGUGUCUUGUCUGCUGAAGCUAAUCACCCACCAGAAGAAGGAACAGAGGACGGGAUCACUCGUCAAGGAAGCUUGACUUUGCCUCGAGGUCUCAGCAGAAAGACAGUUAAUGAUGUCUGGAGAGACAUUCAACAUGACGAGAACGGAUGCAGUAGUAAUCCUAACAAGCAGCCUACACUCGGUGAAAUCACACUCGAGGAUUUGUUGAUGAAAGCUGGUGUGGUGACUGAGACAAUGACAGUCCCUCAAAACGUUGUCAACGUAGCUUCAAACGGCCAAUGGGCUCAGUAUCAUCAGCCUCAGCAACAACUCCAAGGGUUUAUGCCAUAUCCGGUCUGUGACAUGCAAGAAAUGGUGCCUCCAACGGCUCUGAUGAUGAGUGGAUUAUCUGAAACACAACAAGUGCAUGGGAGGAAGAGAGUGGCUUCAUCAGGAGGUGAGUUUGUGGAGAGGAUUGUGGAGAGGAAGCAGAAGAGGAUGAUCAAGAACAGAGAAUCUGCAUCACGUUCACGAGCUAGGAAACAGGCUUAUACUCAAGAAUUGGAGAUCAAGGUUUCAAGCUUAGAAGAAGAAAACCAAAAGCUUAGGAGGCUAAUGGAGGUGGAGAAGAUCCUUCCAAGUGAACCACCACCGGAACCUAAGUGGAAGCUCAGGCGAACAAGCUCUGCUUCUUUCUGAUCUUACAAGACUCUUUCUGUCUGUCUUUCUUGUUCUUCUGUGUUGGUUCAUAUUAGAGAGAGAUGCAUCUUUGUUAUUUGUAUAUUUUGUAUACUUAUAUCGACUCAAAACAAUGUCUUAAUUACUAUGAUGAUGCAGUGUCUAAUCAGUUCUGUAAUA